GUGAUCUGGCACAGGAAGUGCAUGGGUGUGUUUCCGAAGGGAGGGUUUUACAGUCAGUCGAGGACGCCGGUGAGUUAUCCUGAUCAUUUUCCCUCUAUUAUACCAACUAUUUUGUAAAUUAUGUUCUCUGAUAACUUGGGUUAACAUAACCGAGAAGAAAUAACGUGUAGGAUGGCUUAUUGAUCUGUAUUUGUGCAGUAAAAUCAUGUGUUAGCCGCUGAAACCUAACGGUACUCUGGGAUAGCCAAACUGAUGUUGGUCCCUAAUGUUGUAUUUGGAUGAUCACAUGAACUAAAGAAACUGACAGCUGAAAGUUUUAAGCAGCCAGUCAAAAACUGGUCAUUUUAUCAUAUAUAACAUGAAUAUAGGAUUAAAUCUCUUCCACAGAGAAUGUAAGAACCAAUAGAAAAAGCAGCAGCUGUAACAGAUCAGCUUGCAAAAGACCACUCACAGUCCAAGUAUGUGCAGUGAGUGAAGUAGCCAAAGAUGAGAUCAGCACUGAAAGGCUAAUUAUUUGUAUUUAUGAGGGUUACGUAAGUGAUAACACACAUAUAUUAAUCACGCCUUUGUGGUGUCUUUGUUUUCCUCGUCCAGAAAGUGUAUUUUCAAAGGCAGGAUGGAGCUGCGUCCACUUGUCAUGUGCUUUGCUCUCUGUGUGGUUUAUGCCACUAGCAAACCCACGGAGAAGAAGGACCGUGUUCACCACGAUCAGCCCCUCAGCAACAGAGAGCACGAUGAUGGUGAGAGUUUUGACUAUGACCAUGAAGCCUUUCUGGGACAAGAGGAAGCAAAGACCUUUGACCAACUCACACCCGAGGAGAGCAAGGAGAGGCUUGGGUAAGAUGAUGCAAAUAUGUACUUGAAUUACAUAAUAUAGCAGUCAUAGUCUUCUACGUCUGCAAGGCUAAUAGUUCCCGGAGGUGGUUUUUGACUGGUGUUAUUUCUCCACAGCAUGCUGGUUGAACGUAUUGACGACGAUAAAGAUGGCUAUGUGACAGCUGAGGAGAUGAAGAAGUGGAUCAAGCACGCUCAGAAGAGGUGGAUCUACGAUGAUGUGGAUCGACAGUGGAGGAGUCACGAUCUUAAUGGAGAUAAUUUGGUGUCAUGGGAGGAGUACAAAAAUGCCACAUAUGGAUACAUUCUUGGUAUGACUGCAGACGAGUCAAACACAUCCAUGAUAUGUUACCUUUGCUUUACCUUUCAUGCACACUCUAAACAACGCCGUGUUUACUGACUUGCAGAUGACCAAGACCCUGAAGAUGGCUUCAGUUACAAGCAGAUGAUGGCUCGUGAUGAGAGGAGAUUCAAAAUGGCUGAUGAAGACAACGACUUGAGAGCUAACAAGGAGGAGUUUACAGCCUUCCUCCACCCAGAGGAAUACGAUCACAUGAAAGACAUAGUUGUGCUGGUGAGUAACACACACACACACACACACUCAUGCAGGUGUUAAGCUUCGUCACUGGAAACUUCAUCUGUUAAAACUCACUUUUUGUUUUUUACUUUCUCAACAGGAAACCAUGGAAGACAUUGACAAGAAUGGAGAUGGUUUUAUCGAUUUAGAUGAAUACAUAGGUGAGUUUUACACCCAUUGUAACUAUUUUGAAGAACCCUCAUGAAAUCAGCCUUUUGUAAAGGAACAAGCGUCUUGGAUGCAAGAUAAUUUUCAGAAGAGAUUAGGACCCUAAAAUAUUAAGCUAACUAACUUUGCUGUUAAUGUGUCGUAUCAUCCUGUCCUUCUCUCAACUUGUCUGCAUUUCUCUGUCCUCUAGGUGACAUGUACAAUCAAGAGGGAGACGCCACAGAACCUGAGUGGGUAAAGACAGAGAGGGAACAGUUUACUGAAUUCAGGGACAAAAACAAAGACGGCAAGAUGGACAAGGACGAAACCAGAGACUGGAUCUUGCCCAGUGACUACGACCACGCCGAGGCUGAGGCCAAGCACUUGGUCUAUGAGUCAGAUACAGACAAGGUGUGUGUUGUUGUGCUCUACAUUGUUUCCAGAUUUCAACAGAAACGAGUGUCCCCAUGAGUUGUAUUUACUAUCACAUUCCCUGGAGACUGUGAGGGAGCAGAAAUGCAUGUGAGAGUAUAGAUAAAUUAAUGUUUGACAGUUUUUAUGCACUAACUACACAAGUGUGUUUCAUCAUGAGCUGUAAAAUACUACAUGAUAUUACAAUCUAAUACAAAUUUUCACUUCAGACAUUGCAAAGGAGCCAACCUAAUAGCUGCAAUAUCUUUUUUGUAAGACAUACUUUGUACACCCAUCUGCUGUCAAUAAACAAACUCAUUUUCCUCUCUCCAUCAGGAUGGCCGCCUGACCAAAGCAGAAAUAGUGGAGAAGUAUGAUCUGUUUGUGGGCAGCCAGGCAACUGACUUUGGAGAGGCUCUGACUCGACAUGAUGAGUUCUAACGCCCACUUGCCUCCAAAGACUUUGUGCUCAUUUUGUGUACCGCCUUACUGUUUCGACAGUGGAUGGAGUGCUUCAAACAAGAUGAGCUCCCCUAAUCCAAUGCCACGGAAAAUAAUUUAUUUGAUAGCAUUCUCCUUGGCGUGUACAUCCUCGGCCCGUGUACCCUCAUACCCCUGUGCUUAAGAUUGGGACGUAACACCAGUCUUUGCUCUGCUUCCACACACUACACCGGCCUUUUAUCAGGACACGUGAAGGAUUAACUGUGUUAGAUUGAUUUUUGUCUUUAAAAGGAGGAUUUUAGGUUGAGAAAGUUGAGUUUGUCAGGAUGCAGGAUAAUUUAUAAUACCAUUUAGUUUUUUGGAUGCACUGGACUGCAAUGAGUAAAGCUGUUCUCAGCGUUAGAAUUGACCCUACUCUUCUGUUUUAUCAUGCAACCAGACCCAAACUAAAACACACGUUUCUGAUUCUUCUGUACUUUGUUUUCAUGUCUUUAUUGAUGAUAAUGUGGUUUUGCUGGAUCCUAGGAUGUCUGUACUGAGAAGUAAAUAUUAAUUCCAAGAACAGUGACCACCACUUAAACCAGUGCAACACAAUUCUUUGAGGGGGACUACACAGUUAGCUUGUUUGGUCCAAAAGAAAUCCAUGGGAACACACUAAGGCGUACUGUACCAUGUGCAAGCUGAAGGAAUCAUGAUGUAUUUAGAGACCAAUGGAUGCAACAUUUUUGACGCUGCCGCCUUUCGGUUUUUCUUCCCACCCAAUAGUGUGUCUGUGGGUGUGAAUAAGUGUGUGUUUAAAUACCUUUUGAGUGCUUUUUCCAUUUUGAGUAUUAUGUUUUCUGUUCUUGUUUGUGUCAGCUCCACUAACUAAACUGUGUGCCAAGCAAAAAUGUUUGUCUUGUUUUUUUAAACGAUUAAAAAAAGAAAAAAACACUUUUCCCUUCCCAUUUUGUUAAACUUGUACCAUCACUCCCACCAUUUAUAACCACUGUUGACAAUUUUUAUGGUAUACUGCAAUGUAAAUUAUGUUUUUUUACAGGCUCACUGCAGCAAACACCCUUUCACGAGUGACUUUAUUGUACAUGAGUUGUUGAUCUGCAAAUGGAGCACCCUUAAAAUCAGGUCCAGUUUUUGUGAUUGAGAAUGUCUCAAUAAAAACAAAUAAACUUGGAGCCUUUG